GUGGCUCUUACACGGUCCGCCAUAGCCACAGAGCUUGGCUUGCCUUGGCUCCCCCCGGGAGCGAGAGGGAAUUGGGGGAGUUAGGGUUAGGGUUAGCGAGUAAGCGAUCGAUCAGCGCAGCGUCGUCCCGGCGUACUGAUGAUUUGGUGGAUACAUUCGCGAGCCGAGCCUAGAUUUGUAGAAUCUGGUCCUUUUUGCGCCACCGAUUCCUCCAUGGGCAAUCAGUCCUUUACUACAUUUGUGGCAGCGAUUUGUGGAGAUGUCGCAUUCUCCUGUUCCAGCCCCUUGGCGAGAGUUUUGAUAUGUGAGGCGCGCGAGCGAGAGUGAAAGCGAGAGAGAGAGAGAGGUCGAAAGAGAGAGCGAAAGAGAGAGCGAGAGGGAAAGAGAAAGAGAUUUUUGCUCUUUGCUCUCCCUUCCGCUAGAUCCUUGAUGAGGAGCUCCUAGGCAUCGAUCGCGCAGUCCUCGCGAAUUCCGCCCCCUCCCCUGGCCAUGGACGAGGAGAAAUCCAAAUCGGGGCCGCCUGGCGCGGCGCUGUGCGGGAGAUGCCACGUCUCGGAGGAGCUGGAGCUGCAGGCCAGGAGCAUGAUCCUUGGUGGCUCUGGUGGCGGCGGCGACGCCGUGCCUCCUCCUCUGUGCAAUAGCCACAACAAGCAUUGCUGCUGCAAGCUAGGCCGGCACACCCCAACGCACACGCUCACGUAUGACGCGGAGCUCAUCGCCCUCGACCCCUUCAGCAGAUCCAAGAAGAUCCGGCGCGGCGCCAAUGGCCGAUUCGUGCCCAGCGACGCGAAGAUCCAGCACGGCGGCGGCGGCACCAAUUCGGAGCUUACGUCAACGGUUGUUGCCAUGGAAGUUGACAGCGGCGGGAAUUGGCUCGAGAGCGACGACGGCGCUGGUGGCGGAGGAGAAUUGGCGGACAGCUCGCUCAUCCCGGGGCUCGGGGACGACGUGGCGCGCCUCUGCCUCGCCCGGCUGCCCAGAUCCUGCUACGGCCAGUUCUACACGGUAAGCAAGAGAUUUUGCUCGCUACUUAGGAGCGGGGAGCUGUAUAGCACGCGCCGCGGCCUGGGCAUCUCAGAGCAAUGGGUCUAUCUUCUCAACAGCGGCCAAUCCGUGUGGCGGGCCUUCUGCCUGGUCGAUGGCGGGCGAUGGCGGCCGCUCCCGCCCACGCCCUCGGAUCCAUGCUUCAAUAUGUGCGACAAGGAGUCGCUCACCGCAGGGACGCAGCUGCUCGUGGUCGGGCGCGAGAUCAAUGGCCACUGCAUCUGGGGCUACGAUCUCCUCACCGAUCGCUGGUUCCGAGCUCCACAGAUGAACACCCGGCGCUGCCUCUACGCCUCGGCCAGCUGCGGCACCCACGCGUUUGUCGCGGGGGGGAUCGACUCCGCCACCCAGCUCGAGCUCCGCGCCGCCGAGCGCUACGACUCGUCGUCCGGGCGGUGGGAGGCGCUGCCGGACAUGAUCAAGCCGCGGAAGAUGUGCUCGGGGUUUUACAUGGAUGGCAAGUUCUACGUGAUCGGUGGCGCCAACGCCGCCAGCGCGGAGCUCACUUGCGGCGAGGAGUUUGAUCCCGACGCCGGGACGUGGAGGGAGAUCCCCGGGAUGUGUCCUGCCAGGAGCGAUACGACGAGCAACUCGCCGCCGCUGGUGGCGGUGGUGGACAACCAGCUCUUCAGCUUGGAUGCGUCGUCCAGGAAGCUCAAGCGGUACUGCAAGCGAUCGAACUCGUGGAGGGUGAUCGGCGAUGUUCCUGUCAAGGCGGACUCGAGCAGUGGGUGGGGGAUGGCGUUCAAGGCCGUGGAUGGGCAGCUGCUCUUGAUAGGCGGCGAUCGGAGGGACGGAGACGCGAUCUAUGCGUGGAAGCCGUGCGAGGAGGAGGGCGGCGCCGCUGUAAAUUGGAAGUUCAUUGCCGGAUUGGUACCACCGGGGACGUUCGUCUUCAACUGCGCGGUCAUGUCCGCGUGAGCUAGGCUCCGACCAUUAGAAAAAGGAGUUCUUCGGUCGAUCGAUCGCGAGGUUCCAUCUUUUUUGGUGGCGGAGUGGCGGUGGUGGAGCAGAGUUAAGUUCUUCCGCUUUUCUUUUUUCUCUUUUUCUCUUUUUUAUUCUUCGCUCAAAGUUUUCCAGGGGAUAGCUUAUAGGAUCAAUGACAGCACCAUUGGCUGCGCUGCUCAUCUAUAUAAAACCUCCAUCAAAGUGGAAUCCACUUUUUUUUAGUUUU